UGGGAAGUGGUGGUGCUGAAGAGGCAACAACGAAGAUGGCGUGCUGUGGGAAUUGCUUAUGUUGUCACUGCUGCUGCAGGGAUGAAGAGACCCGAACACCCGAGGAACUGACUAUUCUUGGGGAAACUCAAGAUGAAGAGGAUGAGAUCCUUCCAAGGAAAGAUUAUGAGAGCCUGGAUUAUGACAGGUGCAUCAAUGAACCAUAUGUUGAAGUUCUGGAGGGGAUGAACAAUAAGAGAGCCAAAAGGUAUGAAGCUGUGAGGUGGAUGCUGGUGUUUGCCAUUGGAGUUUCAGUAGGCCUGGUGGGUGUUUUUGUGGACUUUUUUGUACGCCUUUUCACUCAGCUCAAAUUGAACUUGGUGGGAAAAUCUGUGGAGGAGUGCAGUGAAAAAGGCUGCCUGGCUCUUUCGCUUCUUGAGCUACUUGCCUUCAACAUGAUGUUCAUCUUCAUUGCCAGUGUGUUGGUCCUCAUUGAGCCUGUAGCUGCAGGCUCAGGAAUCCCUGAGAUCAAGAGCUACCUGAACGGAGUAAAGAUACCUGGAAUAGUCCGGCUACGGACUUUCGUCUGCAAGGCUAUUGGAGUCCUCUUUACCGUAUCCGGAGGUCUGUUUGUGGGGAAGGAGGGUCCAAUGAUCCACAGUGGAGCCAUCGUGGGAGCCGGACUCCCUCAGUUUCAGAGCAUCACUUUCAAGAAGAUCAACUUUGACUUCCCCUACUUCCGCAGUGACAGGGACAAGCGGGACUUUGUGUCGGCGGGGGCGGCGGCCGGGGUGGCGGCUGCGUUUGGGGCACCAAUAGGGGGCACCCUCUUCAGCUUGGAGGAGGGCUCCUCGUUCUGGAACCAGGCGCUCACCUGGAAAGUGCUCUUCUGCUCCAUGUCUGCUACGUUCACCCUCAACUUCUUCCGCUCGGGGAUCAACUACAACAAAUGGGGCUCGUUCCAGCUCCCUGGCCUGCUCAACUUUGGAGAGUUCAAGUGUUCAGACGGGGAUAAGAAGUGCCACCUGUGGACGGCGGUUGACCUGGCCUUCUUUGUCCUGAUGGGGGUGGCGGGAGGGCUGCUGGGGGCCUUCUUUAACUGUAUCAACAAGAGGCUGGCCAAGUACCGCAUGAGACACGUCCACCCCAAGGCCAAGUUUGUCAGGGUUCUAGAGAGUCUGCUGGUUGCCAUGGUGACCACGGUGGUGAUCUUUGUGGCAUCCAUGACAUUGGGUGAAUGUCGUGACUUGGCCUCCACAAUCACCAACAACAACACGACAGCUCUGGUGUCCCUCAACGAAGACGUCAUCAACUCUACAAUCCGCCAGUUCUUCUGCCCCAACAAGACGUACAACGACAUGGCCACUCUGUUCUUCAACCCUCAGGAGGUGGCCAUCCACCAGCUCUUCCACCAGGACGGUACGUUCAGCCCUGUGACGCUGAUUGUGUUCUUUGUGCUGUACUUUUUGUUGGCGUGCUGGACGUACGGCGUGUCGGUGCCCAGCGGCCUCUUUGUGCCCUCGCUACUCUGUGGCGCCGCUUUCGGACGCCUGGUGGCCAACCUCCUCAAAAUCAACCUGGGGAUGGACAUCUACUCUGGGACCUUUGCUCUGAUUGGUGCAGCCGCCUUCCUGGGAGGUGUGGUCCGGAUGACCAUCAGCCUGACUGUCAUUCUCAUCGAAUCGACCAAUGAGAUCACCUACGGCUUGCCCAUUAUGAUAACCCUCAUGGUGGCCAAGUGGACGGGGGAUUUCUUCAAUAAGGGCAUCUAUGACAUCCACAUUCAUCUGAGAGGAGUGCCACUGCUGGAGUGGGAGACAGAGGUCGAGAUGGACAAACUGACGGCCAGUGACAUCAUGGAGCCCAACCUGACGUACGUGUACCCCCACACGCGCAUCCAGUCCCUGGUGAGCAUCCUACGCACCACCGUCUACCAUGCCUUCCCCGUGGUCACCGAGAACAGGGACAACGAACGGGAGUUCAUGAAGGGCAACAUCCUCAUCAGCAACAACAUCCGCUUCAAGAAAGCAAGCGUGCUGACGCGGGCCGGGGAGCAGCGGCGGCGCUGCCAGUCCAUGAAGUCAUACCCGUCCAGUGAGCUGCGCAACGUGUGUGACGACCAGCUGGCGGCCGUGGUGCCUGCUAUGGAGGAGGGCCAGGACAUGCUGCAGCAGAUGCUGGAGAGGAGACAUGCACCCUACCCUAACCUGUACCCAGACCAGUCCCCUAGCGAGGAGUGGACCAUGGAGGAGCGCUUCCGACCUCUGACCUUCCACGGCAUCAUCCUGCGCUCUCAGCUGGUCAACCUGCUGAUCCGUGGCGUCUGCUACGCAGAGAACCAGUCGAGUGCCACGCAGCCGAGACUGUCGUACGCUGAGAUGACGGAGGACUACCCCCGUUUCCCAGACAUCCAUGACCUAGACUUGGCCCUUCUCAAUCCCCGGAUGAUAGUGGACGUCACCUCGUACAUGAACCCUUCCCCCUACACAGUGUCCCCAAACACACAUGUGUCCCAAGUGUUUAACCUGUUCAGGACCAUGGGCCUUCGACACCUGCCUGUGGUCAACGCAGUAGGAGAGAUUGUGGGAAUAAUCACACGACACAAUUUAACCCACGAGUUCCUCUUGGGGAAACUCAGACAGCAUUACAUCACCAUUUGAGCUCCAGAGUCCAGUCUUUAAAGCCGUCAAGUCGCCCACGUCUUGCAAUCCCUCCUUCAACUGGACCUGUACCAUACUUUUCCAUGUCUUAUCCAUUCCCCCACACCCACACUCAGUACGACACGAUGGGCACACACCUCUGUAACGAGAGGUUAAAGGAUUACUUUUGUCUGCUCCGGAGCCUCUACAGCCCAAGACUUCCCCCCCUGUAUCCCAAGUGUCCACGCUUUAUCAUCUUUAUCACUGUAACACUUUUGUUUUGACUUCUGACUGUACAUUUGAAUUUUAUGUUCUCUGUGUAUUUAAAUGUAUUAUACUAUAUAUUUGCGCAAAGAACAUUUCACUGUGCCGCCAGGGACGAUGAAAGUAGGCUUCUCCUGCAGUGUUAUCAAGAUGUCACAUUACGGACCAUUUCUAAUCAAGGCAUAUGUGUGGAGCUACAUUAACACAAAAAUACAGAAUUGCACUCGCAUAUGUUAAGCUUAACAGAGGACAGUUAAUCUCACAAAUAUUCAGGCAGCAAUGUUAUGGGUGUGUUUCGAAAGGACAGAGGAAGAUCGAGGAAUAUGGUGUAUGUCAAGACUGGAUAGAAUCGACCAAGGUUUUUUAGUUUUAGUUUUGUUGUUUUGCGUUAGAGGGUGUGGGACCAAGAAAAGGUCCAGCAUAUUUUCUAGACAGAAAAGGGUGGACAUUUGUUUGUCAGUAUUAAGUACCUCUGUAAAACCUUUGUGGAAAUGUUGCCGUUGUUCACCUUGUAGAUUCACAUUGCAGGUAACCAAUUGGGAAACCAAUAAUGUGGUGACUUUCUGGCUAGUUUCCCCAUCCAUGUAGGUUCUGUUGGUGGUACUUUAAAGGUAGAAUCCGCAAUAUGACAUUAUCACAGAACUCAAGAGAUGGUGUAAUGGUGCUUUCAAGACUGGGAACUCAGGAAAAAAACGAGGUCAAAUCAGGACGUCAGUGAUCUUCAGGUCGGAAAGUCGAGUCUCUAGAAAG